AUGUUAUACAAGUGCGACAGCGACAAAUACGUCCUCUCUUGCCUCCGCUCCGGCACCUGCUCUUUCGUCGAGGCGUGCUCCUUUGCGUGCGCCGACAACAGCAAAGGUGCUUGGUGCACUGGUGAACCCGAGAAGCGUGACGUCGACUUCGAUGUUCACAUCGAGGACAAGAAGACCUACGAGUGCGCCAAGGAUCGCACUGGUGUCUUGGUCUGUCAGUACGGCUUCUGCCAGACCGACCACUACUGCAAGAAGGGCUGGAAGUGUCGCGACAACUGCAACUGCUGCAAGAAGCCCAGCAUGUUCGACCGAGACGUCGACGACGCCGACAUCACUGAGGCAUCUCCACGGUCCAAGGACCCAUCUGUCUCUUCUGCUCAUGUAAGCAAUCUCCUGUAUUCUCAUUGA